CAUUUGAAACUGAAUUCGAACAAACAUUAUUUUGAUACGGAGCAACUACAAUGAAUUUAUUACGCACAUUUCUAUUAAUACUGCCAUUUGUGGUUUCGAUUUCAAGUUCAGCCAUAGAUGCGGAUAAAAUGAGGGAAAUUCAAGCUUUACCCGAAGUACAUGGAGAUAAAUUUUAUUAUUUUGGAUUUGGCAGUAAUAUGUUGGCUAAACGCAUACACAUACAAAAUCCUACGGCAGUUAAAAUUGGGCCAGGAAAAUUGGAGAAUUACAGAUUAGAUUUCAAUGACUUUUCUCGCAAUUGGGAUGGUGCCCCAGCCACCAUAGUGCCUCAUCCAAAUCGUACUGUUUGGGGUACGGUAUGGGAGAUCGAUAUUACAAAUCUGGCAGAUAUUGAUCAUCAAGAAGGUGUUCAUGAGGGCAUGUAUGAAGCAAAAAGUGUUCCGAUCACUCUGAAAUCUACUGGUGAGAUUAUAACAUCUCGUGCUUAUUUGUUAACCGAACAACCUGCAAGUGAUUUCAAAUCAAUGCAACCAGAGGAAAUACCCUCUAAGAGAUUGCCUUCAAAAACUUACAUUCAAUGUUUAGUUAAAGGUGCCAUUGAAUCGGAAAUAGAACCUGAGUAUAUUGAAUGGCUAAAAUCGCUUAAACACAAUGGCGUAGUGGCUGAGAAGAUGUCAAAUUUUUUGGAAUUGGAUAAUAUAGAAUUAAAAUCAUAGUUUAAAUUAUUUGUGUACAUGGUAUUUAAAAUAAGUAGCUCAAAUAUAAAA